AUCUUAACCGCGACGUCCAAUACCCAUCCCGGGACCACCGUCGCGGACUUUCUCAUUUUCCCGACUCGUUGGCUCGUGGCCGAAGACGCCUGUCAUCCCCCGUUCUAUCAUCGCAACUGUAUGAGCGAGUUCAAGGGUCUGAUCCAGAGUUCUUAUAUAGCCAGCCUGAACAAUUGUUUGAGCAGUCAUGGGCCAGAACCUGCAGCGUUUGACACGGCCUCCAGAGAGGAGCUU